AUAACAAAGUAGAUUUACGUCUCUCGUCCUCCCAGUAACUCUGUCGUUUUCCUCAGUCAGAGAGAGAGAAAGAGAAAGAAGCAGCUCUCAUGGCGAAGCAGCUUCUUCCGAUGCCUUUUCCCUCUCCACCGUCACUUCCACCUCCGUAACGGCGCCGUUUGUAGCUUCUCUCGUCGGAAAAUGCCAUAACCACAUUCCCUCAAUUCAAAUCUCUCACCGACGCUUUUCUAGAUUCUCAUAGAGGAAGAAGAUAAUAUAUUUUUAAGAAGGUUGUUUACAAUGGAGCAUUACGAGGUUCUUGAGCAAAUUGGGAAAGGGUCUUUUGGGUCAGCUCUUCUUGUGAGGCAUAAGCAUGAGAAGAAGCUUUAUGUUUUGAAGAAAAUUCGGUUAGCUCGGCAGACUGGUAGAACUAGAAGAUCUGCUCAUCAAGAGAUGGAACUGAUCUCGAAGAUAAGGAAUCCAUUUAUCGUAGAAUACAAAGAUUCUUGGGUUGAAAAGGGAUGUUAUGUGUGCAUUGUUAUUGGAUAUUGCAAAGGCGGUGACAUGGCAGAAGCAAUAAAGAAAGCCAACGGUGUAGAAUUCUCUGAAGAGAAACUCUGCCAAUGGCUAGUACAACUUUUAAUGGCUCUUGAAUACUUGCACGCCAGUCACAUUCUCCAUCGCGAUGUUAAGUGUUCAAACAUUUUCUUGACAAAGGAUCAAGAUAUACGCCUAGGUGAUUUUGGACUUGCCAAGAUCUUGACAUCGGACGACCUUGCUUCUUCAGUGGUUGGAACGCCAAGUUACAUGUGCCCUGAGCUUCUUGCUGAUAUUCCCUAUGGGUCAAAGUCUGAUAUUUGGUCCCUGGGAUGUUGUAUAUAUGAGAUGACAGCUCUGAAACCAGCAUUCAAAGCCUUUGACAUGCAAGGGCUGAUCAACAGGAUAAACAGGUCAAUCGUCGCUCCACUUCCUGCGCAAUAUUCGACUGCCUUUCGAAGUCUGGUUAAAAGCAUGCUGAGGAAGAAUCCAGAACUCAGACCAACCGCUUCUGAUCUUCUCAGACAGCCACUGCUUCAGCCCUAUGUUCAAAAGGUUCUACUCAAGCUGAGCUUCCGGGAACACGAUACAUUGCCAUCUGAAUCCGCAAGGAGAAGCAGCUAUCCUGAGCAGAGACGGCGUAAUGCUGGCAAAAGUGUAAGCUUUGGUCCAAGCAGGUUCGGGGUUGACCAGGAAGAUUCUGUUUCUUCUGUUAAACCCAUGCACACGUAUUUACACCGGAACAGGCCAGGGGGUUUGUCUGCCAAUGACACUGGUGGAGUGGUUGUUCGUAGACCCGCUGUUUCGUCAGGGGUUUCUAACAGUUCAAAAUAUGUGGCAGCGAGAUCAAACCAGCCUAAGAGUGGUGGUCUUAAACCAGCGGCAGCUACUCGUAGGGCCUCCUUGCCUAUCUCACAUAAACCUUCAAAAGGAACAAACGAUUCUCUGUACACCCCGAGUAUCGGUAUACUCCAUCAACUAAAAUCUCCAGAUGUGUCCGUAAACUCGCCAAGAAUCGACAGGAUUAAGUUCCCGCUAGCUUCAUAUGAAGAAAUGCCUUUCAUUCCCGUUGUGCGUAAGAAGAAAGGAUCGUCCAGAGGAUCAUACAGCCCGCCUCCAGAGCCACCACUGGACUGCUCAGUAACAAAAGACAAAUUCACACUUGAACCAGAACGAGAAGCCAAGAGUGAUUUGUCUGAUCAGAAUGCAACUGCUGGAGCAUCAAGCAGAGCUUCCUCAGGUGCAUCAAGGAGACAAAGAUUCGACCCUAGCUCAUAUCGGCAACGAGCUGAGGCGCUUGAAGGACUGCUUGAAUUCAGUGCAAGAUUGCUUAUAGACGAAAGGUAUGAUGAGUUGAACGUGUUACUGAAACCGUUUGGUCCAGGAAAAGUAUCUCCCAGAGAAACAGCAAUAUGGUUGUCCAAGAGCUUCAAAGAAACUAGUCCUAGUAACCUGGAAGAAGAUUGAGAAACAGGGUUUAAGUCCUUUUUUAAAGUUUUUAGAGCAUGAUUCCACGAUUCGGUAGAAAAUUGUUUGACACUUAGCCUGUGUUCUAUGAAGCUAACCACUGUAUCUGAUACAAUGAUACCAAAAUAUACAGCUUUCUAUUCGCUAUGUAAUCCUUAUUCCAGUCAGAAAAGAAAAAACACUUAUGAACCAA